CCUCUCCUCAGUGUCUUUAUAAGCUUCAGUCUCUCUUCUCCUCACACUCCAACCCUGCUCACCUCUCAGCUGGACAGUAAGGGACGUUUACACCACACACUGACAACAUGCUGGGGACCCUCUGCACUCUCAUCACUGCUCUAACAUGUGUGAGUGGUGUGACCGUGGUGACACAGAAGCCUCCUGUUGUCACGGUGAGGAAAGGAGAGACAGCCACCAUGGACUGUAACCUGGGGGCUGUUACUGACAGUGCUGCUUGCUGGUAUAAACAGAUUCCAGGAGGAGUUCCUCAGCAUGUUCUGAGGUUUUAUCACAGCAAUAGCUCUCCAAGCUAUGGCUCUGGUUUCUCCUCUCCAAAGUUCACAUCUAAUCAUCAGUCAACAUCAGAUUAUCGUUUGAUCAUCACCAAUGUGGAGGAGGGAGACUCAGCAGUCUAUUACUGUCAAACAUGGGACAGCUCUGCUAAGGAGUACGUAUUCGGACAAGGCACCAAGCUGAUUGUGACAAGCUCCAGCCUUCCUGUCCUGACAGUCUUCCCUCCGUCCAGUGCUGAGCUCCAGUCCAACAAAGCCUCUCUGGUCUGUCUGUCCAGUCAGUCUGGGCCUUUUGCAGAUGUGAGCUGGUUGGCUGGUGGGAGUCCAGUGAGCACUGGGAUCUCUACCAGCACCGCUGUUCAGCAACCAGACCACACUUUCCAAAUCAGCAGCUAUCUGGCCGUCCAGACGUCAGACUGGAACAGGGAUCAGGUUUACACAUGUAGAGUGUCUUUGGGCUCCCAGACUUCAGAGAAAAACAUCCGCAAGUCAGACUGUCCCACUGAAGAACAGUAGAGGAGCAGAAUGACCAUUUAACAUCUGCUUCUUUACUAUUUGUGCUGUUUGCUCAUUUCAAGCUUUACAUGUUAGAAAAGAUGUCUGCAUGCUUGUCAUACAUGUUGUAUCAGCUUUGCAAAUGAUAAAAUGUAUUCAAUAAAAAAAACAUUGUG